AUUGAUUUGCAGUUAGGAUAAAACAACGAGCACCACUAGUGAGCGAUUCGACCCGACCCGACCCGACCCGACCCGAACCGGUACCCCGAUCCAGUUGUGGUUGGUCGGAGCUCCGCCCCCAUAUCUCCCACACCGGAGCCCCAAAUACAGUGUCGCCGGAAGAGAAACCAAUUUCACCCGGGUGUUUUUUCCGGUCCGAUCUCGCCUAGAUCAGUCGAGGACAUACGUAUAUUGAGCUGCAAAGAUGUGGAAUCGUGCAUCGAAUUACAUAUCCGGAACUAUAGGUCUGAAACACGAGGCGCAAAAGCAUAAACACGAUUCGACAGAUUGCUCAGACGACGAAGCAUCUUCAGUCAGAAGCACAGACGAGGCCCUCGAAUGCCCGAUCUGCUGGGAAUCUUUCAACUUAGUCGAGAACAUACCCUACGUCUUAUGGUGCGGACACACACUCUGCAAGAACUGCAUACUAGGUCUACAAUGGGCCGUCGUAAAAUUCCCAACUUUACCCCUCCAGCUCCCCCUCUUCAUUUCCUGCCCGUGGUGCAAUCUCUUAUCCCUCCGUUUAAUUUACAGAGGCAACCUAAGAUUCCCCCGUAAAAACUUCUUCCUUUUAUGGAUGCUCGAGAGCAUGAACGGCGACCGUGUAAAAUCACAUUCAUCGGUUUGUGGGGACCACCAAAGUGUUACAGAAACGAAAGAACUUAGGAGGGGGCAAUAUGGUCAUAAUAAUAAUAAUAAUCCCGAACCAUUAAGACAUGGUGGUGGAGGUAAUAACUUCAGCAGCUAUCUUGCAAUAGAAAGACUGCAUCUUUCUUUGAGAAGGUUGCUCGUUUUCUUCGUUCAUCUGACAGCUAAGUUCCCUCUGGUAUUGAUUUUCCUUCUCAUCAUUUUGUACGCGAUACCUGCAAGCGCGGCUAUAUUGGCUCUGUAUAUAAUCAUUACGGUCGUUUUUGCCCUUCCGUCUUUCCUUAUCUUGUACUUUGCGUACCCGAGUUUGGAUUGGCUCGUGAGGGAGAUUAUCACGUAGUAGUGUUUCUCUUUCUCGUAUUUUUUUUAAUCGGAUUUUUAUGAUGAAGAAUAUUUAUUUGUAAUUUAGUAUUUGUAUUGGUACAGUUCAGUUAAGUAAUGGUGUUUUUUAUGUAAUGGUGCUGGUGGUGAAGAAUGUUUGGAUGGACUCGAUUUUUACGCCAUCGUGUUUUCGGUUUUUUGUAAGAAUGUUUUGUGCAUUUAAGUUAAAUUUUUCAGUUUCGA